UCGUACUUCAUGGUUUUACAUUGCGACCUGACCAAUUCGUUAUCCCUAGUGGCGAACUCCCGGUGACACAGCAAUUUGUAGGGUCAAUUGUGUUCUGGCAUACUUUGACCGCUAAUAGCUUUCGUUAACUACUUUUCUGGCAGUGAUAACUCAUAAUCACACCAAAUCUGUUUACUUCAUUUUAUUUCUAACCCGGCUUUCUUUUUUUUAGAGCCUAGUCGAUCUUCUGUUUAAAAAAUCCAAUUUUAGUUUCAAAUUGCCUCUGGAAUGUGCGAUUAAAUUAUUAGUUCAAGUGGUGGUUCACACGUGGGGACGACGAAUUGAGGAAAUUUCAAAAUGAACACUGGAGACACACCAAUUUUUCAUGACAGACAUAAAAGGGAUCAAGAAGAUUUAUCUUCUGAUCCCCCAUCAUCUUUUCUUUCGGAUAUCCUUUAUACUACUAAUGUUUGUGAUGUUGAUGACACAGCUGCUGACAAAAAGAAGCUGAUUCUUUCCAUUGCCUGGUGGUGUGGAAAACUGGGAGCUGCCUAUUAUGACAUUGAGUCCCAUGAGCUCCAUGUGAUUCCAGAUGUGGUGGAAAGUUCUUCUGAUGCAUCUGUAUUGCAGGGAUUAUUUUUCCAGUUGCAACCACACACUCUCAUUGUCAAACAUAAUUUGGAAGAAAAGCAAAUGGCUAAGAUUUUCCAGUUAUUGGAAGGUGAAUCUCAAGAACUUAUGAAGAGUAGUCCAGCCAAACAAGUGCAAAAGAGUUAUCCAUUUUCAGGGGCCAAAACUGCUGCAUCCAUACAAUUCAAGAAAAAUGAAAAAGAUUCAUGUCAUCUCUAUGCUGUUCCUAGUUCUUUCUACAACGCCGAAGCUGCUACUCGUAGAUUGCGGGCAUUACGGUUAGGAAUUACGCCAGAUGACAUGACCGAAAUGGAGCGCUGGAUACAUCUGAAAAGCUUGUUUCCCUUUGACAAUACAGCUUUGUUACAAGCCACUGGUGCGUUACUGAAAGUACUGGAACAAUGGCAGAGAGGUCAAGAUGUUGAUCGUCUGAACGAAGCAAGUAUGGACAACAUGAGCUUGAAGAUUCUUUCUAUUCGAACAUGCCGUGUUGAUGAUUUGUUAUGGAUGGACCAGUCAACAUUUCUUAGUUUAAAAAUCUUCUCGCAAGAAUCACAUCCGUCGGCAUUCAAGAAAGGACAUUCACAGAGCGCAAAAGAGGGGCUUAGUCUUUUUGGAAUUGCUUCGAAAUGUUAUUCCACGCCCGGAUCUAUGUGCCUUAAGGAACUGUUCAAGCGACCCACGCGCAAUAUUGAAACGCUUAGGGAGCGUUACAGUGUAAUACGAUUUUGUGUGGAAGCGUCUAAUAUAGAAGUAGUCCACAGUUUUGUUGGCAUCUUGAAAAACGUCACCGAUAUCAAGGUCCCCCUUUCAAACAUCUCAACAAUGCGAGGAACUUCUAAUGAUUGGAAAAAGCUACAAAUAACUGCUAAAAAUUUGAUAGCCUUGGCCGAUCAAUGCAAGGUUCUUCCACAACAAAUUCGUCUUUUUCGCAAUUUAGCAGAGAGUGAACGAUCAAGUAAAUGGUAUCAUGUCGUUAACGUCAUUCAUCGACUAAUUAAUUUUCAAGAAUCGAGACGUGCGGGACGGUGUGUUGUCAACUCAGGGGUUGAUGAGGAUCUUGAUAAACUGAAACGAGACCAUGGCAACAUGCAACAAAUUUACACAGAAACCGUUAAUCUUGAAAUGGAAAAUUUACCUUUAUUUGUCGAACAGGGCGUAAUUGAAUUUUUACCUCAUGUUGGCCACUGUUUGUGCCUUCGUUCGUGGCUGCCAGAAGGUAAGCCUAUGACGGCUGAUGCCGUUAGUAUACCAGGACUGGAGCUAAAAUUUUUUACAAAGGAAAACGUUUACUUCAAAAGCCAACGUUGUAAUGAACUGGACGACAUGUUCGGAGAUUUUGCGGCAGCAAUCGUAGCACAUGAAAUGUCGGUUAUAUUUUCGGCCUCUAAAGUUGUCCUCAAAUAUUACGACGCAUUGACUGAAGGAAUCGAAUUGGCUGCAUAUCUAGACGCGCUUCUUAGCUUAUCAGUGUUAAGCUCAGAAUUUGAAAUGGUAGAGCCAGAGCUUGUUGAAAGUAGAAAUUCAUGUGUCCAUUUUGAAAACGGGAGACAUAUUUUGCUGCAGCUUGUGGCGGAUCGGUUCAAUCCCAAUUCGACAUACCUCGGUGGAGAGGGGGGAGAUGCUAAACGCAUAAAUAUUAUUUCUGGCCCUAACUCUAGCGGCAAAUCAGUUUUUUUGAAGCAAACUGCAUUAAUUGUUUAUUUGGCUCAAAUUGGAUGCUUUGUACCAGCUCAACGUGCAUUGUUAACACCCAUGAAACAUAUCUUCGUUGUCUGUCAUGCUCCAGAAACAAUUGCCACAUCGCUCUCACACUUCGGUGUUGAGCUCUCUAUGAUGUCCAUGGCCUGCAGGACCGCGACUAAUCAUUCUUUGGUAAUUUUGGAUGAAUUCGGAAUAGGAUCGUCUCACGUGGAUGGUUCCGCGUUAUUCAUUUCCUGCAUGGAGUAUUGGAUGAAACAAGAAGAACAGAGUCCUCUUCUACUUGUUGCAACACACUUGCAUAGUGCUGUCCAACACUUGUUUCGACAUACAAAUGCCUUACGCAAAACUCGUUUCAUGUCCAUGGGGUACUUCCUGGAUGAGGAACAACUUGUUUUCCUGUAUCAGCUUACUGAAGAUUUGUGCACAAAUAGUUUCCCUUUGAGUGUGGCAUACGCUUCCGGAUUACCUGAUUUCGUCAUUAAAAGGGCUCAAGAAAUACUAAAAGACGUUGACAAUGUUGGCAGUUUGUCACCUAACCGCGUAAUUUGGAACGAAGUGAAAUGCACGAGUUUACGCAAGAGCGCCGAGUCUUUCUUCAUGACCGACCCUUGGAAUAUUGAGGCAUUAAAACAAUUUACAAGACGAAGCAUUCUUGGUCGCUGGUGUUCUCAUUCGCAGGAGGCCCCUGUAGAAAAAACUUAUUUAGCUAACAAAUAGUUUCUUACUUAGGUAGAAUGCCAAUCAGUUCUUACAUGGAUUCCAAAUAGACGAUCAUGAAUGUGUAUUCGCUAUUACAUAUCUAUCGCAAGACCAUUAAAAAUAAUGUUCGAAAAUGAAGUUUUCUGAAAACGUCCAAAUUCAAGUCCGUGAUAUGCUUUCAGUUGCAGUCCACGGCAAAGGGGCAGUAAGAAUUGCUACAUCAUUAAGAAACCGUGAUUGAUAAAACUUGUGAACGUACCAAAAUAUUACAAACAUGUAAAACGACACAAGCCACACUUACGCAUAUACUACGCAUGGAGAGAAAGAAAAAAAGAUGAAGGAAAAGAAAACAAAA